CAGGAUCAACACCGUCACUCCCAAAAACCACCCACAAUGCGUGAAGUCAUCUCCAUCCAUGUUGGCCAGGCCGGUGUCCAGAUUGGAAACGCCUGCUGGGAACUCUACACAAUCGAGCACGGUUUGACUCCUGACGGUCGCUUCAUCGACAAAGCGCAGGUCUCGCGCGCGGGCGAUGGUUUGUCAACUUUCUUUUCCGAGACGGGCUCCGGCAAGUAUGUCCCGCGCUCUCUCUACAUCGACUUGGAGCCAGGUGUUAUCGACGAGGUCAAGACUGGCACCUAUCGAUCACUUUUCCACCCGGAAACAAUGCUGACAGGAAAAGAGGACGCUGCGAACAACUAUGCACGUGGACACUACACCGUCGGCAAGGAGCUCAUCGACCCCGCCAUGGAAAAGCUUCGCCGUCUUACAGACAACACUAACGGCCUCCAGGGCUUCUUCGUCUUCCACUCGUUCGGUGGCGGAACUGGGUCUGGGUUCGGUGCCCUCCUCCUGGAACGCCUCGCGACGGAAUACGGAAAGAAGUCUAAGCUUGAGUUCUGUGUCUACCCCGCACCACAGCUGUCUAGCUCCGUUGUCGAGCCCUACAACUCCGUCCUCACGACCCACACGACGCUCGAGCAUUCGGAUUGUUCCUUCAUGGUCGAUAACGAAGCAAUCUAUGAUAUCUGCAAAAAGAGGCUCAACGUGUCCCAGCCCAGCUUCACCAACUUGAACAGGCUGAUCGCCCAAGUCGUCUCGUCCGUCACCGUCUCGCUCCGUUUCGAUGGAUCUCUCAACGUCGACCUGAACGAGUUCCAGACGAAUUUGGUUCCAUUCCCGCGCAUCCAUUUCCCUCUUGCCACCUACUCUCCUCUGCUUUCGACCGACAAGGCUAACCAUGAGGGUAACACUGUUGCCGAGAUGACCCUCGCGUGCUUCGAGGCUGGUAACCAGAUGGUGAAAUGCGACCCCAGGGAAGGAAAAUAUAUGGCCUGCUGCUUGCUGUACCGUGGUGACGUCGUGCCAAAGGACGCCAACGCUGCUAUCGCCAGCAUCAAGACGAAGAAAACCAUCCAGUUCGUUGACUGGAUUCAGACUGGUUUCAAGCUUGGUGUUUGCAGCGAGCCUGCUUCCACCGUUCCCGGAGGCGACCUUGCGAAGACAUCUCGGAGCUUGGCCAUGCUUUCGAACACCACGGCCAUUGCUUCUGCCUGGAAGCGUCUUGACCACAAAUUCGAUCUCAUGUACUCAAAGCGCGCGUUCGUCCACUGGUAUGUCGGGGAGGGUAUGGAGGAGGGUGAGUUCUCCGAGGCCCGCGAGGACCUCGCCGCGCUCGAGAAAGACUACGAAGAAGUUGGCCUGGAUACCGUAGAGGCCGAGGAAGAGGGAGAGUACUGAUUCUCUCGACGGUUUCAAUUUCUCGCUGUCGACGAUGAUGAUACCACUUUUUUACCCUUCCUCGCCAUCGGCACUUCCAUCCGCAGUCGAGUGUUUUACUUCUGGCUAUCUUCCCUAUGGUGUACUGUUCCCGGAUCUUACAAUAACAGUUAUUAGCUGCUGUGGCCCUCUUGGUUGUUCUAACUAAUUGGUACUCAACGCUGUAUAUAACUCCCCAAGAUAUAUCCCUUGUCGCGUCCGUUUAAUGAGAAUGCGGUUUAUAC